CUUCGAGGCAGGUCCCCCGAGUCAACCAGUUUUGAGAGUAGUGUUGGUUUGGUUAAACAACCAUAAAACCCUAGUCCUUUAAAUACCUCCCCAUUUUUCUGCUGUCUCUCUCCACGAGUCUCUCUCUCUCUCUUUCUCUCUCUGUGUCUAAAACUUUAACCCUAGUUCACUCUCUCGCUCUGCUCAAAUUCAUUUUUGUUUUUCUUUUUGGUUUCUUUUUUUGGAUUUCGGAUCAUUCUCGAUCGUCGUUUUUUUAUUUUUUUUUGGUUCGAUAAUUCGGAGAUAGUUUUGGAAUUUUUUCGAAGCUUUUUUUGUUUCGAUCCGAGCGAGCGAGCGAGCGAGCAAGCGGUGUUUGUUUUUGGAUAAAUGGAUCUUCCUAGUCUCGCUGUUGUUCUUCAAGCUGCUCUCAGUCCCAAUCCCGAUGAACGUAAAGCCGCCGAGCAGAGCCUUAAUCAGUUUCAGUACACACCACAGCAUUUGGUGAGACUAUUGCAGAUUAUCGUGGAUAAUAAUUGUGAUAUGGCGGUGCGGCAAGUGGCCAGCAUCCACUUCAAAAACUUCAUUGCCAAAAACUGGUCGCCUCAUGAGCCAGAUGAGCAGCAUAAGAUUUCUCAAGGUGAUAAAGACUUGGUCAGGGAUCACAUUCUUGUCUUCGUCCCACAAGUUCCACCAUUGUUAAGAGUACAGCUGGGUGAGUGCCUAAAGACUAUUAUCCAUGCUGAUUAUCCGGAACAGUGGCCACGUCUCCUAGAAUGGUUGAAGCUUAAUUUACAAGAUCAACAAGUCUAUGGAGCUUUGUUUGUAUUGCGAAUUCUUUCUAGAAAAUACGAGUUCAAGUCUGAUGAGGAGAGAGUACCUGUCUAUCAUAUUGUUGAGGAGACAUUUCCUCAUCUUCUCAAUAUAUUUAACAAACUUGUUCAGAUUCCCAACCCAUCACUGGAAGUAGCAGAUUUGAUUAAGCUUAUCUGUAAAAUAUUCUGGUCAUCCAUUUAUUUGGAGAUUCCAAAGCAACUAUUUGAUCAAAAUGUGUUCAAUGCUUGGAUGCUUCUAUUCUUAAAUGUUUUGGAGAGACCUGUUCCUUUGGAAGGCCAGCCUGCAGAUCCUGAGGUUAGGAAAACAUGGGGGUGGUGGAAGGUGAAGAAGUGGACUGUUCACAUUUUAAACAGGCUGUACACUAGGUUUGGUGAUCUGAAACUUCAAAACCCAGAGAACAGAGCCUUUGCUCAAAUGUUUCAGAAGAGUUAUGCAGGGAAAAUUUUGGAGUGCCACUUGAAUUUGUUGAAUGUGAUCCGUGUUGGUGGCUAUUUACCUGACAGAGUUACCAAUCUCAUCCUUCAAUAUCUGAGCAACAGUAUAUCGAAGAACAAUAUGUACAAUCUGCUGCAACCUCGACUGAAUGUUCUUCUUUUUGAGAUAGUUUUCCCUCUUAUGUGUUUCAAUGAUAAUGACCAAAAGCUUUGGGAGGAAGACCCACAUGAAUAUGUGAGGAAGGGUUAUGAUAUCAUUGAAGAUUUAUAUAGUCCAAGGACUGCUUCAAUGGAUUUUGUUAGUGAGUUGGUUAGGAAGCGUGGAAAGGAAAACCUUCAAAAGUUUAUUCAAUUCAUUGUUGAAAUCUUUAAAAGAUAUGAUGAAUCACCAGUAGAAUACAAGCCAUACCGACAAAAAGAUGGUGCUCUUCUUGCUAUUGGAGCUCUUUGUGAUAAACUGAAACAAACUGAGCCCUACAAGUCAGAACUUGAGCGUAUGUUAGUGCAACAUGUUUUCCCUGAGUUCAGCAGUCCUGUUGGCCAUCUUAGAGCUAAGGCGGCAUGGGUUGCAGGACAGUAUGCCCAUAUUAACUUCUCAGACCAGAACAAUUUUCGUAAAGCAUUGCACAGUGUUGUUUCUGGGAUGAGGGAUCCAGAGCUUCCUGUUCGUGUUGAUUCAGUUUUUGCAUUGCGCUCAUUUGUUGAAGCUUGCAGAGAUCUUAAUGAAAUUCGUCCUAUUCUUCCUCAAUUGCUUGAUGAGUUCUUUAAACUUAUGAACGAGGUUGAGAAUGAGGAUUUGGUCUUCACCUUGGAGACUAUAGUGGAUAAGUUUGGAGAGGAGAUGGCACCUUAUGCUCUUGGUUUAUGCCAGAAUUUGGCUGCUGCCUUUUGGAGGUGUAUGAACACUGCUGAAGCUGACGAUGAAGCUGAUGAUCCUGGUGCAUUGGCCGCAGUUGGUUGUCUGCGUGCUAUCAGCACAAUUCUUGAAUCAGUUAGUAGGCUUCCUCACCUUUUUGUUCAAGUUGAGCCAACUUUACUUCCAAUAAUGCGGAGAAUGUUGACAACUGAUGGCCAAGAGGUUUUUGAAGAAGUUUUGGAAAUUGUAUCAUAUAUGACAUUUUUCUCACCGACAAUAUCUAUGGAAAUGUGGAGUCUUUGGCCAUUGAUGAUGGAAGCAUUGGCAGAUUGGGCAAUUGAUUUCUUUCCAAAUAUUUUGGUUCCUCUGGACAACUACAUAUCCAGGGGAACCGCACAUUUCCUCUCAUGCAAAGAGCCAGACUACCAGCAAAGCCUUUGGAAUAUGAUUUCAUCUAUCAUGUCGGAUAAAAAUAUGGAAGACAGCGAUAUUGAGUCAGCCCCGAAGCUCAUUCAAGUAGUUUUUCAGAACUGUAGAGGGCAAGUUGAUCAAUGGGUUGAGCCAUAUCUUAGAAUCACAGUUGAGCGGCUGCGCCGUUCUGAGAAAUCAUACUUAAAGUGUCUCCUCAUGCAAGUGGUUGCUGAUGCUCUUUACUACAAUGCAUCUUUAACCCUGAGCAUAUUACAAAACUUGGGUGUUGCAACAGAUAUCUUUGGUCUCUGGUUGCAGAUGCUGCAACAAGUUAAAAAAAGUGGCAAGCGUGCUAACUUUAAAAGGGAACAUGACAAGAAGGUUUGCUGCUUGGGUUUGACAUCGCUAUUGGCUCUUCCAGUGGAUCAAUUAUCAGGGGAUGCUUUAGAACGCGUUUUUAAGGCAACCCUUGAUCUCCUAGUUGCUUACAAAGAUCAAGUUGCAGAAGCUGCAAAGGAGGAAGAAGCUGAAGAUGAUGAUGAGAUGGAUGGUUUCCAAACUGAUGAUGAAGAUGAAGAUGAUGGAUCUGACAAGGAAAUGGGAGUUGAUGCUGAGGAUGGUGAUGAAGCUGACAGCCUUAGACUUCAAAAAUUAGCUGCACAGGCAAAGUCUUUCCGCCCAGCCGAUGAGGACGAUGAUGACUCUGAGGAUGACUACAGUGAUGAUGAGGAGUUGCAAUCGCCUAUUGAUGAUGUGGACCCUUUUAUUUUCUUUGUAGAUGCUGUCAAAGCCAUGCAAGCGUCAGAUCCAUCGAGGUUCCAGAACCUUAUGCAGACACUCGACUUCCAUUAUCAAGCUCUUGCAAAUGGUGUUGCCCAGCAUGCUGAACAGAGGAGAGCAGAGAUUGAAAAGGAAAAAUUGGAGAAGGCAUCGGCUGCUACAGCUUCAUAAUUCACGAAUCGAAUGUCAUGGCAUGACUAAAAUUUUGCUUGGAUGUCCCAUUUCUUUGCUUAUUCCAUUCAUUUUGUAAUGGUUUAGGAGAAACAUAGUUGUUUCUUGUCCAGUCAGAUCAUACGGUUGGUCUGAAGGGUGUCAUGGUUGUUGGUGAGCCCCAAGAAGUUUUUCACGUUUGAAGCUAGUAGAUUUUUGUGAUUUGGGUCCCCUACAACAGGUAAAAUGAGAGAUCAGGAAGCUGGCACUUCCUCAGAUUCUUGAUUUGGCUUUGGUCAUUGUAUGGUGAGUCUGGCUGUUCUACGGCAGAAUAAGCCUGUAUUCCACCUGUUCGUGUUUUGUUGUUUAGUUGUCCUUUCUCCGUGAGUCAUACCAUUUCUUUGGGUUGAGAUUUCAUUUUACCGAGUAUAUUGUUACAAACCCUUGGAUCUGCAUUCAGUUGCCAGAUAGCAGUGAGGGUGCCAUGCAUACCGAGUCUUAUUAUUCAUAGCCAUUUUUAGACAGGCAAAGAAACAAGAACAAAGAAAAAGAAGAAAAAAAAAAGAAAAAGAAAAAGAAAAAGAUGUAGGUUGGUUGAUGGCUGUACCUAUAAUUUUUGGUCGGGAUAGUAGGCUACAAAUUUUUUCUCCCGACCAUCCCAAUUUCUGGGGUGUGGUCUGGGUAUAUGUGUAAUAUUGGUUUAUUCUCAGGCUGGGAGUUUUGGUUUCGAUGCAGAGGGCUUUGAAAGGCUAGCUUGCUGCUAUUGUAAAACAUCAAAUGCUUAUUCUUUUAUAUAUUUGUGGAUUAACGAGGAA